AUGCAUAUCUCCCGAGCUGUAACAACCGCAACCGCAGCGGCGGCACCGCGGUUUGCUAUGUACUACGACCAGUGGCACACUGCGUCUCCCAGCAAGGACCAAAUGGCUGGAAUAACACAUGUAGUUACCGCAUUUGCCGGCACUACGCUGUUCACGAGCGAUCCGGCCGGCUCCUAUUCGCCGUUCGUAGACGUAGGAACGCUCCGCAGCCAAUUCCCCGACGGAACCAAAAUGUGUGUGGCGAUCGGAGGAUGGGGUGACACUUCCGGGUUUUCCGUCGGCCAAAAGGACGAUACGUCGAGGAAGACUUAUGCAAAGGGCGUUGCUGCAAUGCUCGAAAGUCACGGUUACGACUGUGUCGAUGUUGAUUGGGAAUAUCCUGGUGGUAAUGGUGAAGAUUAUAAACAAAACCCGAACUCAGGCAAGGUCGACGAGAUCGCCAACUACGCCUUGCUACUGCAGGAAAUCAAGUCAGCUAUCGGUGACAAAGAGCUUUCCAUCGCGGUUCCCGGCCUCGAGAGGGAUAUGAUUGCCUUCACCUCCGAGCAAGUUCCUAAGAUCAACGAUGCUGUCGAUGUAGUUAACGUUAUGGCAUACGACUUGAUGAACAGACGCGACACCCAAACCACGCACCACACCUCCGUCAAAGCAUCCCUAGCUACAGUCGACAAGUACAUCUCGCUCGGCAUGGAUGCCUCCAAGCUCAACCUAGGCUUCGCCUUCUACGCGAAAUACUUCGUCACGCAAGGCGAAUGCACGCAGCCGAUCGGAUGUCCCACUGUGCAGCUAGAAGACGCCAACGGCGGCGACACGGGAAAAUCCGGCGCCGUGACCUUCCUCGAGGGGCCCCCGGUCCUGUCCAGCGGGAAGGCUGAUACCGAGGAGGGCGGCCAGUGGUACUGGGACGCGGCCGAGAGCAAGUUCUGGACGUGGGACACGCCCGACUUUAUCGCGCAGAAGUUCGAGCAGAUUGUUAAGGCGAGGGGGUUGGGUGGCGUUAUGGCAUGGAGCUUGGGUGAGGAUUCAGCAGACUGGACAUACGUCAAGGCUAUCCAGGCUGGUUUGGCUACGCUAUAA